UUUCAGGAGGCAAAGUUCAGCCUUUUCAUCACUAGAGAGCGAUUGUUAAACUGUAGUUUAGGUUAAUAUUAAGCUGUUUCAGAUGACAUGAUUUGAUGCUGUUAAAAAGCGGAAGAACCGAGUCCGACCAGGUGGACCUGAUUGUUCCUCAGAGCUCAUCGGGCUUUCUGCGUGACAGAUGUUCAGUCCUGGUCAUCAAAUUUGAUGGAUAAGGAAAUGUAAAUAGAUCAAGAAGUGUAGGUAAACUCUUAACAAGGCUGAAAACUCCCGUUUUAGAGUUCAUUUACAGUGUCAAACAGCAACAGGCAGUUCUGCCUUUCCCUUUGAGUCGUAGCAUGUCUUCAUCACCUGAUACCCACAGUAUUUCCAGCCUGGGUGAAAGAGAAGCCCGGAGCUCCCCUUACAUCAACAUGGAGUGCUCCUUCUGUGAAUCUUCCUGUGUGUGUGAUGUCCCAAAUCCCACCUUGGUACAGGGUGAUCUCUGUGUAUCCUCUAAAAUGGACAAAACUUUUAUUGUCACACCCAUUAACAGCAGCCCACAUGUCUGUAAUGAAAGCUUGAGAUGUUUUCCUACCGGACAAACUACGUCUGAGACGGAUCGGUCAUUAAGCAGGCCCACAGAGGACAAAGGUGACUGUGAAGCGAUGUUUCCAGACUUUGCUGGGAGGGAAUUCAAACUGAGUUCACGUGACUUCUCCUUUAAAAGCUCCAGUGAGAUUGACAGCUGCUCUCUGAGCCCUGGAGAAAUGCUGAUAAGGAGUAACAGUUUCUGUCAGGAAGAGCUGUCACUCAUAGCUGUCUCUUCACUGGAGGAAUCAAACCUCUCUCCAUCCGCAAGCCAGCUAUCAUUGCCUGCAGAAUUUAACCUUCUGUCAACUACACUACCAGAUGUCAGCAAAAUAUCCACAGAAAGAGUGUCUGAGGAAAACGCAGGCUGUCCUGGUCUUGGUCUGACUUUCAUUCAGGCAGACAAUUUGGAGCUUCUGACUGAGGAAAUUGAUAUUGUACCUUCCAGCUCUGUUUUAGCUCUGCCAAGUAAGAGUGAAGGAAGUCUGUGGAAGACCUUCAUCUUUGAAACUUCUCCAGACCUCACAAAUAAGGCCAACGGUGAAGCAGAAUCGUUGCUUCAUGUUUCAGAAUUUAUACCAGAGCAUGAAAAGUCUUUUGUUAGUUGCAUGUCAGCUAUUCAAGAAAGUGAUGAUAUUCAUACUUCUACUCCUAUACAAAAUGUUGGCAACAAAAACCCUCCCCUCCCCUCCUUGCUUGCUUGUACUGAAAACGUAAGCAUGCCAGAAAUCCAGCUUGUAAAAGAACAGCCAAUAUGUGUCACUGCCAAACAGUGUCCAGUCUCCACACUCACACCUUCACUCAGUAGAGCUAAUAAAACAAAAACUCCUAGGUUUCCCAAAUCAGACUUCGGUGGUGUGAAAUCUAAAGUGUCACACCAGGUAUUUAGACCAGCUCGUUCACAACAAAAAUCAGAGCAAAGUAAUGCAUCUGAUAAACACAGUGAAGGAAACAACAAAACAAGCGUUCGGAUUACUCCUGCACGAGUAAUGAGUAGAGCACUCUUUGCCACGUCUGAAGUGUUGCAAAAGUUUCAUGGAAAAGUUAAUACAAUUACUGCUAAUUUGAAAGUUAAACAAUCAUGUGGCCUUUCUGUUGUAGACGGACAAGUCAAUACCAGAGCAUCUUCACUUGACCCUCACCCAGCUGUGAAUGACCCUGCUUCAGCUGUCCAAACUGGUGAAGGCAGUUCUGAAAAUAAACAGGCAAGCCAAACAUCAGAUGCUUCAACAGAACAUACUGGCAGCCAGAGCUGUGCAUCGUCUUUAGAAAAAUCACCAGCUAGAAGUGGCCAAAUGAAGCAUGUGUCAAACAAAAUUGGGGUCAGAUCAGGCUUAACUUUAGGUCAAGACAAACCUCCCUUAAGCAAGGCACGGCCCCGCAGCUCGUCUGAAAGUUCAACAUCUAAACCACCCAAAGAGAAAAGAGCAACUCUGAGAGUCACAACUAGUUUUACCGUUUGUAAAACUGGCAAGGACAAAGACUCAACCAAACCGGGGCAUCUCAUCGGCCCUUCCCGAAAUAAACAGGUUGAAGAAAUGACUAACAACUCUCCAAGAGAUGUGAAGAAGAUCAGCCUGGUGUCAGAGUCCAACAAAUCAGAUACGGCCGGAGCUCCGUUGGAUGAAAGAACAAGUAGAACUCAGCGUCAUCCAUUCUCCAAACAAGGAAAAGUUGGAUCACUUUCACAUCCUCCUGCUGCGAGUCCAAGACCAAGUCCUCUGUCAGUCAAGCAAAGACAGGGAACCUUUGAAAGGGUCAGUGUGUUCAGGACUUCCAGAACUAACGGGAAACCUCAGUUCCAGCAGAAAAGUAAUGCAGGCAGUCAGAGAGCACAGGCAGCAGAGGAGCCAUCCCUCGCCGUUAAGGCCCAGCUCAAUGGAACCAGGCCCCCUCAGACUCCCACUCGCCCCUCUCUUAUGGGCCCACCCCUUACUCCUGCUUCCAGAAUACCACGGAGAACCCCGGGACCAUCCAGGGGUCUUAAUGAAAGUGGUGAUCAUAGUGAAUUGGGUCAAAGAGCCAGGACUACAUCAGUUUCUGUAGGAUCUGCACAAAAUCCAACUCUAGUUAAGCCGGCUGCACUGAAAGCACGGUUCAUUUCAAACCCUGGAAAAUUCAGUGGACCAGCUUUGACUACAGCAUGCAAACCUGCGUCUUCUACAAGCAAAACAGCCUCACGUUCUGCAGUCAGUCCUGUGAAAAGAACUACGCACACUGGAACAGUUGGACCAACUUCAGUCGGAUCUGUGGACAAGAACAACUCCAAGACCAGUUUCUGCCAACAGAAGCCACAGCAGCAACCAACCCAGAGCUUUAGAUCUCAGAAUGGGAUACGGGCAAGUGUCCCACAGGAUGAGAGGAAAGACCAGAACAUCCAGCAGAUUAAACUACUGCAGGAGAGCAAUCAGCGAUUUGAAGCCAUUUCCAUUGUCUUGCAGCAAAUUUUGACUGAGCGUGAUGAAGCCUCCAGGAAGUGCAGGGAGCUCUCUCAGGAGCUGGCCAACCUUCAAGGAGAGCUGGGUUGUUCCGUCCACUCCUCUGAGUGUCUAGAGAAGGAGAAUGAAGAGCUGUGUGCUGCUCAGCAGGAUGCCACGGAGCGGCUGCAGGAGCAGCACCAGAAGGACCUGGCUGAGCUGGAGCAGAGGCUGCAGGCUGCCUACCAGGCCGAGUGGGACAAAGUUCACCUCACCUACCAGGAGGAAGCUGACAGGUGCAAAGCUCUCAUGAAACAGCAGGUGGAAGAACUGAAAGCCCAUCAUGAAGCCAUGAAGCUGAGCCAUGAGGAGCAGCUGCAGCAAGUUAAACAGCAGCAUGAAACGUCUUUGGAAGAACUCAGGAAGGUUCACACUCAGGAGCUGGAGUGUUUCAACAAAACCUCUAAAGAUACUGAGACGGCUCUGUAUAGAAAGCUCAAGGAGCUGACCAUGGAGAACCAUGCUCUGACUGAGAAGCUGGCUGCAGAGGAGAACAGAAAGAAAGAACUGGCUGAAAACACUCAAAAGGACUCUCAUGCGCUGUAUUUGGAGCAGGAGCUGGAAAGUCUCAAGGUGGUUCUGGACCUCAAAACCAAGCAGCUUCACCAGCAGGAGAAGAAGCUGAUGGAGGUCAACAAACUGACAGAGAAGAAUGUGAAGUUGGAGGAGAGCCUUAACAAGGUCCAGCAGGAGAAUGAAGACCUGAAAGCUCGCAUGGAAAGGCACGCUGCUCUGUCGAAACAGCUGUCCACAGAGCAGGCCGUGCUGCAGGAGUCCCUUCAGAAGGAGUCCAAGGUCAACAAGCGUCUGUCCAUGGAGAACGAGGAGCUGCUCUGGAAGCUUCAUAACGGAGACCUCAGCAGCCCCCACAAGGUGUCCCCACUCUCCCCCUCCCCCGCCUUCAAACUCCAGUCCCCUCGCAGCUCCAGCUUCUUCUCCAGCACCCCCGUCUCGCCCAGAUAACAGCGGGCUUUGGCUUCCAGGAAGCAGAGAUGUUCUUCUUCUCGUUAGUUUCAGUCAGACCUUGGCUCCGAGGAGUGGAUGAACUGACACUUUCUGUCCAAAGAUGCUGCAGACUAAAAAUGUUGCACAGAAGCACUUCAUCAGCAAACUUGCUUUGCCGUUUGCCUUUGAGCCCCUGAUGCAACCGAAGGGGAGGAGGAAAUCUCAGGACUUGAUGUAAUGAACACUAUUUUUGUUUUUGUAAAUGUUGAUGCUUACUGAAACGAAGCACAUGUUCACACACGCAGGUUUAGUCUGUCUGCAGAGCCAUGGAAAGUCUGACGUCAGUAAAGCUCAGGAUGGAUUUUUAAUUUAAUAAAAUUGCUUCAUUUGGAUUUCUGCACAUUUUUUUUUCUCCACACGGUGGUAACGUUUGUGAAGUCUUGACUUUCAAAUGAUUUGCUGCACAUGCCACCAGUGCUCAAGCUUUACUGAGUUGUCAUUUCAAGGUUUUUUUUUUUGUAUAUAUUUUGUUUUUAUUUGGAUCACCAGCUCAUUGAUCAAAUGUGGUCCUUUAAUAUUCUGUUUCUAUUGGGACCAGCAUGAAGCUUGCGAUGUGUUGACCCAUUCAAACAAUAAAGUCUUGUAUGAAACCUGA